UUUUUAUGUAAUAAAGAGAAUUUUUUUUUGGGCAAGGGUCAUGCAACUUGCACAUAUCAACUUGCAUAGAGGUGUGGAGAAUCGCAACUUGCAAGGAAGCACUUUUGAAAUUGGCUACCACUUGCAACCAAUGAAGGCCCUUGGAUCAAAUAAAUAUUGGCCAUUGAUUCCAACUUGCCUAGCAAGAGUUUGCCUAUUUAGAGGGAUUGGUCAUUUGUAAAAUCUAAUGGAUGGAAUGGGAGUAAAAUGAGAUAAUUCUUUCAUCCAUAUAUGGAGUGUUGAGUGGAAAAAAGUGUGGAGGGAGGAUACUUGAGAGAUUGUAAAUAGUUUUAUCUUCCAUUUAUACAAAGGGGUUUCCCCCAAAUUUAUAUCUUGUUGGAAUUUGACAACUUUGAUGAAGCACUUGAACUCCUUGAUCAAGGGACCUCGGAAGGGAUGCUACCAGAUGUAUUGCUAUAUAACACUAUUAUUCAAGUAGCAAGUGAGAAGGGAAGAAUCGACGUGAUUGAGCUUAUGGUUGAGCAGAUGCAUCAAGAGAAGAUUCAGCCUGAUGCAUCAACCAUCAGUUGUGUUUUCUCUGCAUAUGUAGACAAUGGCUUCCAUAGUACUGCAAUGGAAGCAUUGCAGGUUCUAAGUAUGAGAAUGAUUUCUGAAGAUAACAUUCUUCAAGAAAAUAGAAUAGAAUACGAGAAUCUAAUAUUUGCCGAAGACAAGGAAGCUGAAUUACAAAUACUCGAGGCUUUUAAAGAGUACAAGGAGAAUCUUGCCACCGCCCUUCUGUAUUUAAGAUGGUGUGCCUUGUGUGGAUGUCCAAUAUCUUGGUUACCAAAUCAAAGUCAGUGGGCUAAGAGACUUACGAGCAAUUAUGCUUCAAGAAGACGUCCCAUCUGAUAAAUUCGAGAAUUUAUUGAAUUUAUGAACCAUGGCAUUAUGGCUUGUCAUCACACUACUGAGUUAAUUACAGGAGCUGCAGGCCUCUGAUACCAAGCAAGACAUGAAAGAAAUAAUGGAUGUAAAUAUAUCAACAAGCAUACAAGUCAAGUAGUCAGACCCCCCUCUAUUUAGCAAACAGAUCUAUUCUCAUGUUCCUAUGAUAGUUAAUUAGUCCUUGAAUAUUUUCACUUUUCGGAAUUCUUUGAAUUUAUCUGCAAAAGGGUCCUUGACAUGUGGAGGACUGUACUGUGAAAUCGACCUGGAUUUGGAACUUUGCAAAAAACACUAGUCUUAGUCAAGUGUUGCAUUUGGGACCAUUGUAUAGAUUGACUUCGAGAAAGUUUUAUUUGAAGAAGAUUCAUAGUAUGAGGUGGUCCUGCCGAUUCAUGCGUAUGCUCCUUCGUCAUGGUAUUAUCAAUGCCAAUCUCCUUUAGUUUUGGAAUCUAUACAUGGAUUUAUAAAUUAGCCAACAGCUUAGUUGCGGCUUGUACAUCAAAUUGAAGAGUCCAAAGACUGCCCUUUGUAUUGUGCAUGAAUGCAGCCAUGUUUUGUACUGAUUAAAAAUCAUACUAGUUUUCUGUUAAUUACUUUUCUAUUUUUUCCCUUCUUAAUUUAGGUAAGUCAGCGUGACUAGUUGAAAAGUUGAAAUUCAAUAUCGAUAUGUACUUUCCAAAGAUACAAUCUUUUAGAUUAUUUCAGAAUAUUUAU